AUUCUGUGCAGUUGCAUUCAUUUUAAAUAUGAAAUCGUUACUGCAUUCUCGGAAUAUCUUUCUGUCCCUCUUGGCGGUUGUCCUUUAUGCACAUAGCUCAUGCUGGGCGUGUACAUUGACGAGUAAAAAUGCCGCACAAGCAGAGGAGAAGGACUGGUGGCAGACGGCGCAAUUUUAUCAGAUUUAUCCUCGCUCCUUUCAAGACUCUGACGGUGAUGGUAUUGGUGAUCUGAAGGGCAUUACCUCGCGCUUAGAGUACCUAAAGGAUAUUGGUGUGACGGCUGCGUGGUUGUCACCCAUUUUCAAGUCCCCUAUGGUAGACUUUGGCUAUGAUAUUGCGGACUUUUAUGAGAUUCAGUCUGAGUAUGGCACAAUGGAUGAUUUUCGCGAGCUGAUUGCCAAAGCGAAUGCGCUGGGUAUUAAGAUCAUCUUGGAUUUCGUGCCAAAUCACUCCAGUGAUGAGUGUGAGUGGUUCCAAAAAUCGUUGAGACGUGAACGCGGCUAUGAGGAUUACUAUGUAUGGCAUUAUGGCAAAUUAGAUGCCGAUGGUAAGCGGAUACCACCGAGUAAUUGGCUACAAGCGUUUCGCGGCUCCGCCUGGGAGUGGCGUGAAGAGCGCCAACAGUACUACCUCCAUCAAUUCGCCGUACAGCAGGUCGAUCUAAACUACCGAAAUCCAGCGGUGGUAGAGCAAAUGAAACGUAUACUACGCUAUUGGUUAGAUCAGGGCGUAGCCGGCUUCCGCGUUGACGCCGUGCCAGUACUUUUCGAAGUUGAGACUGACGAGAACGGCCAAUAUCCGGAUCUGGAAGUGAGUGGCACAACCGAUGAUAAAGAUGACCGCACUUAUCUGAAAAACAAUUUAGUUGAGAACCGUCCCGAAACCAUCGAUAUGGUCUACCAGUGGCGUCAAGUCAUGGACGAUUAUCAGCGCAUACAUGGCGGUGAUACGCGUGUUUUGUUGAUUGAGACAUAUGCGCCACCCGCUUACACAAUGCAAAUGUAUGGCAAUCGAUCGGUCGAAGGCGCACAUUUGCCUUUCAACUUCAAUUUGAUCACUGUGCUAAAACAGGGUGUCUCGGCGACGACUGUGCAGGAGGCGGUCGAUGAGUGGAUGAAGAAUAUGCCGGCCAAACGCACAGCCAAUUGGGUGAUCGGCAAUCACGACCAGCGACGCGCCGCUAGCCGUUAUGGUGUGCAACGCACCGAUGCUAUGAAUAUGCUCGUGUUGACUUUGCCGGGCGCGAGUGUAACCUAUCAGGGUGAGGAGUUGGGCAUGAUUGAUGGCGAAAUCUCAUGGGAGGACACAGUCGAUCCUGCAGCGUGCAAUUCAAAUAAAGAUAUUUAUGAGAAUUUCACGCGCGAUCCAUCACGAACACCAUUCCAGUGGACCGCCGGCACCAAUGCGGGCUUCUCCACAGCAUCGAAGACUUGGCUGCCACUCGCACCACAAUAUCAAACGCUGAACGUUGAUGUAGAGAAUUCCAGUGCACGUUCCCAUUUAAAGAUAUAUAAAUCUCUGGUGGAGUUGCGUAAAAGUUCAAAAACUCUACAAAAUGGUUCAUAUAAAUACAAGGCACUCGCCGAGGAUUUGUUCGUCUUGAAACGUUUUCUGAACGGCGAUGAUACCAUUAUUUAUGUUGCCAAUUUUGGCGAUAAAACUGUGACUGUGGAUCUGCAGAGCGAAUUCGAUGCCACCUUACCAAGCACAAUGACCCUGAAGAUAAGCAGCUUGGAUUCGACAAAAACUCUUGGCUCCGACAUCAAUCCGAAGAGCAUCACUUUGGCUGCCGGUGAGGCGUUGAUUUUGAGUAGUCGCACUAAAUGAGUUUGGAGAAUCGAUUUCAAAAGUAUUUAUAAGAAAGCAAAUAAAACUAUUUUUCAACAAUAAUCUAUAAA